CUUGAACAUCGCGAGAAGCCUGUCAAUGAAAUCGUUGAUUAUUUUACAAAAGAAGGGCGGAUGACAAGAUGAAACUCUCCUACAGCAGUACAGUUACAUAGUGAUUUGCUAACUCGCUCAGCUGGAAAUGAUCUGGUUACCCUAAGAUGAAUCUCAAAAUGAACAGGAUCUAAAUUUCAACAGAUGGAAUCUCACUCUGUGACGAUUCAGUCAGUGUAACCCACAGAAACCCAUGCCAUAGUGUUAUUAUGGCAACUCUGUCUGGAAGUAAAGAAUCUCCUGUUGUGGCAGAGAAGAUCUGUUCAGCAGCUUUGGAGGAAAGAAGUGUUCCACAGACAGUGUUAAUCUCAACUAAGUCCAUUCUUCCCUUGAAUUCCAAUCUGGUUGACAGUGUCUCCAAAAUUAUAUCACUGCCAUCAAGUGUUGCCAAAGGAUCUCCAGGUAAAACAGCCAUAGCAUACUCUGCCACUCCUGUUGUCAGCGUUUAUACGACAAAAUCUGUAGUUCCCGCCACAAAGCUUGCACCUGUAGUUUUGGUAGAGGAGCAAGCGGCCGACUCUACAAAGUCACAAACUGUUCUACAACUUCAAAGUGACAGUCAGUCUCAGGCUGGACCGAAAGAACUGUUGAAAUGUGAGGAAUGUGAGUACUCAACCACAAAUAAACAUUAUUUAAAACAGCAUGUGGAUUUAGUACACAGCGAUGUCAGGCCAUACAAGUGCCCAUUCUGUGAUUAUGCAGGCAAACGCAGCCACUCUUUGAAAGAGCACCUAGUGGUUCAUUCAAGUGACCGACCUUAUGAGUGUCACUUGUGUAAUGCAACCUUUAGGAAGAAAGGCCAUCUGACAAACCACAUUAAGAUGCACUCUCCCCCAACUACUGUUCAACUGUUAGGUGGCACUGGUGUUUUCGGCAAUGAGAUUGAUGGAGCAGGGAACAUCUUCAUAUGUGCACAGUGCGAAUUUGCUUCAACAUCCAAAACAGUUUUGAUGAAACAUUUGAACUCUUGCAGUAAGAAGGUUGGUGGUGAUGCUGGACAAUCUUGCGAAAGCACCUGGGUUACAGUGAAGGAAUCUGAAAGUUCUAGCAGUAAACUAUUACCUACAGGUAUUCCGUCCAGUUCUCCUAAUCCGCCUGUUGUGUUAAUGAAAUGCACAGAGUGUGGGUUCACCUCUAGUGACAAGGAUCUGUUAAGAAAGCAUAUGUGGAUUCACAUUGAGCAGUCCUCUGGCAGCUCUAGUCAGAAGUCUUCGCCUGUUUCUGAUAACCUGGUCAAACUUGAGCAGACUCCUGUUAAAGAGCAGGCUGCAAACACAGCUUUCAAAUGUGGCGAGUGUUUCCAUGAAACUACAGAAGCGUAUAAGUUUAUAGCACACAUGCUGACGCACAAAGCUAGUCCAAAGUCAGGAAAGGCAGCAGCAGUGGUCACUACUAGCAACUCUGUUCUUGUGUCAACUGAAUCUGUUAAGGAAACACCUGCCUCAGCCGGCCAGUCAAGAUACAAUGACAUUGUCUCCAGUUCAGAAUCAUCUGGCUUCACUCAUGACAAAUCAGUUGGACGAUUUUGCUGUAACAUCUGUGGGUAUACAUGCGACCACCAGAGAACAAUUAAAGCUCAUGUGUGGAAACACUCUGGUCAUAAGGAUAUAGAUUAUCCUAUGUUUCAGAAUGGACCCAUGAGUAUUUAUGAUGACAUCACUCAGGAGAACUGCAGCAAAAUGGUGACCAACCCACCCUCCGCUUCCGUUAAGGUUGAGGUAUGCACACAAGAAAAUGAAAUUCAAAACAAUGCAAAAAUUUUAAAUGGAGUGCCGACAGUUGACACUUCAGUUGUCUCAGAAGCUUUAAUGAAGCUGUUAGGCUCAAAAUCCUCUGGUUUAAUAUCAAACAAAUCGGAGACCAUCGAUGUGGUUACCUCAUUGCCACUCUUAGGGAAAGUCAGCAAUAUGGUACAGGUAGUGCUGACUGAAUCUGAUGGCAUUACGGAUUCUCAUGAUGAUGGUGAGAAUCCCGACAACUCUGAAAACAUCACUUCGAAGGAUUUUUCAGUCGGUUCAGGCGCUCAUCACAAGGUAGAGCCUAAAGAUACGGAUAAGUCUUUACUCUGCGACAAGUCUGGCUCGACUGUUCCCAGGCUUGGGCAAGAAGUUCUUAAUAGCAGUCCACCCAAGCGUCCUCUUCCCGAAACAACACCAUCUACAGACUCGUCAUCAGUGUCAGUGGUACAGGCCGCAAAGAGGUUCUGCACUGGGGCUGUGGAAUCCAGCCCAAAUGUGGUAGUCGAAAGAAUAAAUGCAGUUUCUCAGUCUUCAACGUUGACAGGCCUUAGAAGUCAACAAAACAGUCCCAGGUGUCCGGAACUGUUGAACUCGGUUGAUGGAAGUCUUCAAGCGGAAGCAUCGCGCUCAUCCAACAUGGACAUUGGUGAUUCAGAAACAUCAGUACUAUCUAAUGAACUCCCUUUUGUGCGUGAGGUAACACCUGCGGAAACAUCAGAUAUAUCAAAGGAAGCAGACAGUACCAAUACAGAUAUUGUUAUUUUAACAGUGUCGGACGGUAACUCUAUUGCGCCAGUCAGCGGGACACAAGUAUGGACCCAGGCAGAUAUCUCGACGUUGAUAGCCUCUCAGAAUGUGAGACAAUUGAGUGCAAAUGUUCUUCAGACUGCGAUUGAAUUUGGAGAAAGCUCUGGAAACCAAACCGAAGGCCCUGAGAAGCAGUGUGUUACUAAGUCUAUAUCUGUCGACGAUGAGUCUGCCCUUACUUUGCUGUCUUUGUUACAAAAGGGUUCGCAGAAUAAUGUCUGUGAUACCACUGAAGAUGUAGCGGACAUUGGAGUACAGUUCCAGGAUUGUCUCGUUGAAGUUCACGAAGAACAAGUUGUCUCCGUAGAUGAAGGGUCUCAGACAACUGACGACAAUGUUAAAGACGGAUCUAGUUCUACAGAACUUGAAGACCCAUCUGAUUCAAAUAAGCCAAAAGCAGGGAUUUGUUCCUCACUCUUAGCUGUUAUAGAGCAGCUGAGAGAACGGUCGAAGUCGGAGAGUGAAACCGACGAUUCCUCCCAACUCAAUAUUUUAGGGAAGAGAAAGCCUCGACGUAGAAAUCAGCGUAACUCCAGGGACACUCCUCUGCAUGUGGAAACAAUGGAAAACGUAGAGAAGUUGGACGAGUUUGAGCCGAAGUAUCGGUGCAAGUUAUGCCAUUACACCAACUCAAGUCCACAAUUAAUUAAACAGCAUAUGCGCUUGCAUAAGACGAAGAAACCCUUUGAAUGCUCUUUGUGUGAUUUUGUGGCUGAUUCAAGCGAAACUUUACAAGACCACAUGAUACAGCACUGCAAAAUGCGGACGUAUCAGUGCAAACUUUGUCCAUCCGCCUUCAACUACAAGAGCCAGCUUCGAGCACACAUGAGAGCCCACUCCGAGAAGGACCCGUUCCUUUGCGACACAUGCGACUUUGAAACAACAAAUCCUAUAACCUUUAGAAAUCACACCAGAUUGCACACUGACAAGAAUCUCCUAAAGUGCGACUCGUGCGGCAGCUUUUUCAGCGACAAGAACGACUGGGCUAUUCACAGGCGUGACGGGUGUAAGGCCGAAGACGUGUACUUCUGUGAAGAGUGCACCUUUGAAACUCUAUCACAGCCAGAUUUGAAACACCAUCAAAAGGCACACAGAAAACAAAACCUACAAUGUCCUCACUGCGACCUCAUUUGUCCAUCGCAAUCUAGUUAUCGUGUCCACGUUCGCGCUCACGAAGAAGCCAAAGACAUGAAGUGUGAACUCUGCAACUUUCUGGCUGCCUCUAGCAGAAGUCUCAAGUCGCACAUGAAACGACACAUCAACGAUCAACGCUACGUUCAACAGCCUCUGGAACAAUACAAGUGUAAUCUGUGCGGCUACGUGUGCCACCACUUGCCCUCCUUGAAGAGUCACAUGUGGAGGCAUGCGAGUGACAAAAACUACAUCUAUGAGUUCACCAACGAAGUCAUCAAUGCAGCCAUAGAUUAUGAUUCUCGACAGGAUAACACCAACACGGCUGCCAAAACCACUGUCUGCGAUUCGAAGACUGACGAUGUGGACAUGGAAGAGGAGACCGAUUCUUCAGAUUCACCAACAGAUAAACCCAUUGGUGACAAGAAGGCUCCUUGUCUAAUCACCUUCCGUUGCUGCCAGUGUGGCUUUGAGACAAUCAGCAAAUCUGACCUCAACCAGCACAUGAAAAUGCACUCCGAUAUCAUUCAGAAAACUCUGGAAGUGUCAAAAAGCCUUUCACAAAGUGGUUUGAGUGCAAAGCGUGUACACCUUGAGGCUGUGUUCGAUUCUAGUCCGAUUAGUCAAGGAGAGGACUCAACUUUGUCUGGCUGAUGUCGAGAUUAUUAUAGUAACCCAGUAUGAGAAAAAUAACUCAUUUGUAUUUAAAGUGUAGUUAAAAUAUAUAGAUUUUAAAGCGUAUUCACAGUGCAGCACUUAAUUAAUUUUUACGUUUGUCUUACGUAAAUAACACAUAAAUGGCAUUAAGGUUUAUUUGAGUGAAUUUUUUAAUUAUACAAUUGUGUACUGUAGCUAAGACACCAAUGCUGGUCAGUGAUAGUAAUAAACUGCGUUAUAAUCGCUUGCGUUACUGACUGUAGACGAUCUACUGUAACGGUAAAACUUUAGCAUUUCAUAGAUUAACCAUUUUGUUAGACGAGUUCUGGCACGGUACACGCGUAAAUAUAAGGAUACUUAUUCCAACUGGUUACCAGAUUUCUGUUUAAUAAGGUUUGCCAGAGAUGCAAACGCCCGGAAAUACAAUGUCAUAAACAAGCUUGAAAAUAAGUGCCUGGCUUUCUUAAAAAUACCCUUUGGGAAGUAUGAUAUGAUCUGUAUUGUCCAUGACACCAAAUGCUGGACCAAGAAUAAUUGACCCAACAAGGCUUGGUGAAUGUAGCAACAACAAUUGCUCUACCUUCAUGCUAAAGUAAGGCUGUAUUUGACAACUGUUAUAACAGGGAAACAAUUGCAUUGAAGAGAGUUAGAGUUUUCAGGUUUUUGGAAAUUUUCUAAUCUGAGAUUAUACGUUACAAUAAUCCCAAUGAGGGGACCAUGGUUUACAUCUCGUCUUUUCGGCCCGUUACGAAACAGUUUUCCGGACUUUUGUUAAAAACGUUUCACCGUAUUGAAUUGAUUACAAGUGUAUUCAAUUAAGUUCAAUUCUCGGGCAAUACAUAAUACUGAAUUGAAAACAGGUUACAGGCCGUUUCGCCCAUUUUCAACAAAUUUAUUGAGUGAAAUCUGUUGAGGACUUCGUCAUAGGUAUUAUAUGACUGUUGAAACCAAGUGGGGCCAUACAAGCAGUGCAUCCAGGUUACUUAUUUACAAUAGUAAAUGUAUAUUGACAAAAACUUGAAUUCAAAAUUUGAUGUUCCCUGGUAACUAGCAAAUCAACAUUAGUAAUUAACAUGGUUAGAAUUUUGAUUUACACAGCUUUUCAUAGAUUAUUGAAAGACAUAAACUAGGAGAACACAUUUCCUAAAGGCAGAAUUUCCAUUAUGCUGCCAGUAACAAGUUGAACAAGUGAAACCUGUAUUUUACUGAGCUUGUAGACAUGGGGUACGUGCCCCAGUACAAUGGCGACUGUGCCCAACAUGAAUUGAUCUUUGUCCUUUCGCACAGCAUGAGUAAUGCGUUAUCAGUUCGGUCGCAAAACAUCGCGAAAGCAAGAAUGAAUCAUGGGCUACACACCUUAGGCCUGGAUUACUUUAGGCGGGAAACCUUUUCCAUUGACAUUUCAAAGCCCGUAUUUUCAAAUUCUCAUCAGCUGAAUGUUUAGUAUAUGUGUCAUUUGAAUUUUUAAAGUUCUUAUUUUUACCAUAUAAUUUGAUCUGAACCACUAUUCGUCCUUACUCCCAUCCAUCAGAUUGCGAGAAAUUUGCUGUCGUUAAGACUGAUGUUCUUUUUAUCUGUUUGAUUGGCGUGUUCGCACGUGUCAGCCCUAUCAUUUUGAAGGAAAUUGAGAAGCUCUGUUUCGCAUUUAUAAACUGUAUCCUGUACAGUGCUGUAUUUUUGUUUAUUUUCUAUAACUCGAGAUCUGUGUAUGUUUUUUGGAGGUAAACCUUGAUAAUACAUUAAUGCACAUGUCAUGCUCACGGCUACCUGCAAGUUCCUUCCGGAGUAAUUCUUAAUUAUCUUGGUUUUAAUAUGGCGGAAGAACUAAUGAAACUUUUGGAUUUUGCGUGUGUCUGGUGCCUGUCCUCAGUUUAGCUUCUCAGCACAAGAAUUUUGGCAAUAUUGUUUGUCCUUGCAGUGUGUCACAGAACUGACACUAUUUAAAGCCAUGCUUGUUCGUAUUCCGAUCAUCUACUUGUCACCCGCUGAAGUUAAGUUAACCAACGUAUUCGUCGCGUGUGUCACAGUAUUGUCAGGUUUAAGCCUUAAGAAUUCAUAAAUGCUAUCUUUCUGCAAUUUCUCUAAUUUGUGCAAUUUCUAACAGGUGGCAAGAGAAUCUGACCUACGACCGGAACUGUUAAUGGAAUCGCUUCCUGUAAGAUAACCUUUUUUUGAGGAAGACAGAAUUCACCAUGCCUUUGCACAGGCACAUUUUCCUAAAAUCCAUGUACACGUGAUAAGGUCUAAUAUAGGGAAGAGAACCUUUUCUUUUUGAUACGUUUUGUUUCGUAGUUGUAUACUAAAGCAGCCGCACGUGCCUAUUUGCUCAUGUAUUGCUGAGUUUUAGCGCUAUUCUCAUUUUUAAUUUUUUUUUUAGAUAAUUUCAUCAGUGGAAGCUUAAUAACUUUGAGAUUAUUUUCAUAUCGACUCUUGGUAGGCUUCUGUUUUUUUAUUCUUUUGCGUCAUGGAAUCGGUUGUCAUUUUUUGUGCAGUUUCCGGUUUCCUAUCUUCUUUAGGGAUGAUCUUUACUUUUUAAAGGUGCUAACAUUCGUUUUGCUUACUACAUAAUGCACAAUACUCUCAAAACUGUAUCUUGGGGAGGUAUUUUUGUUGUAAAUUUAGUUAUGUGGUACAAGUUGUUUUGGUUGUCAUUUAUUUUGUGAAAUAUGUAAAAAAAAAACAAAAAAAAAAACGUUGUUUAUUGGUCCUUAAUCUGUAGGAAAAAAUCUUGCUUUUGUUGAAAUCUCCAUCCUACAACUUCAUGUUGUAACAAAAGGACAUGUAUUAGAAUUUAUCUGUGUUUUAAAAUGUGUACAUUUGUGUCUAGCGUAAAUUAGCAAAUUCAGUGAUUUAUUAGUUAAUUAGGCGAUUGUAAGAUCUAUUUUGUAGCGCCACAGCCAUGGCUACUGCAUGGUAAAUUAACACUGUUGACCACAAAAAUGUCAUUGUCGAAUGGCGCUUUGUCUACCGCCUUGCAUAGUUAGGUACAUUCUUAGAGUUGGCAUUAUUUACCUAGAGGUGGAGUUAUUUUCAAAAUUUUGCGUGUGUCUAGGUAUCUUUUGAUAUGUCUCUACUUGAAAUAAACAUCUCAGGUCAAUAUCGCCAUGUUAUAUUUCCAAGUAAGCUUCAACAUGUAAUGAUCUAAAGAAGUGCGUACAUGGUGGAAUGAGUUGGAACCAGGCAGUGAUAUUGAAAAAAAAAAACACACACACACACAACUGAUGUUCCAGUCGUACAUGCACGUAUAGUUUUUAAUUGGUUUCGGGCAUAAGUCAUCGCGUAUUUUUGGUUCAAAAUUAACUAUAGUUCAUUUGCACACCUUGAUAAUGGCGAAAAGUAUGUUGGCUGAAAGUGUAUAACAAGUGAAGUUUUCUUGGAGCCAUGAUCAAACAUGGACAUUGUCAGUUAUGGAAAGCCCUGACACGCGUAGAGAAAUGUGCUAGUUUGAAUCCCACUACAGUGGCCAGUUGUAUUAAAACUUAAGCUCGGAUUAAAUCUUAAUACCAUCCUCAUUUUAAUACAUAGUGAAUGACACUUUAGAAUGGACUUAAGAUAAUACCGGACUCGUAUACAGCAUGUAAUACUAUAUACACUUUUGAUCAACAAACCCUGUUUUUGCCUUUGACAUCAUCCAGCUGUCACUGACAACAUUUUUCGUACUCGCAUUACUUAAUGUAUAUACGUGUUAAUAUGUAUCUCAUUUAUACUUUAGUUAUAUAAUUAUCAUCUCUCAGCUAUUAAAUUAAGCCAGUUUUUUGAGUUCCUGUGAGAUACAUCAUCGUUUGUCUUGUAUAGCUGACUUUGCAUUACUUUGUUUUGUACAAGUAUAGUAUAGCAACCCCGGCCCCUAGAGACCUCAAUGAUUUAUCCAGCACCGAUAACUUUGCUGGAAGAAUUAAUUUGGAACUGUUUCCUUUGAGUCAAUUAUUUUUAUUGUAUAAUCUUUUUUCAUAGACCUCUGUACUUACUGCUGACAGCUUUAUGGUCAUUGUAUAUAUAACAUUUCUAGUCUCGCGUUUCUCUGUUAAUAAGACAAUACAGGUGUUCAUGUGUCACCUUCAUUUCGGGAUUUGAGAUAAAGCGUCAGUAACAUGAUGUCAGUAACAUCGGCUCACCACAGCCCACAGUAUGAUGGUCACUGUAUCUAGUACACACAGUGCUAAUACAAAUUGUUAUAAUGCUAACGAUUUUCUGUAUCCGAAACAUUUGAUUAAGGCCAAUUAAAUAUUAAUUUGCAGCUGGUUGUAUUGAUUGGAAAUUUUAUGAACAGAAUUGUAUAUAAAACUAGUAACACUGCAAGUCUAGUAAGGAAGUGUAAGACUGCGGGAAAAAAUUUGG